CGCGCGCGAGAAUAAAAACAGAGCAGCGCGCUUAUUCUAUAUUUCACAUUUAAUAACUUUACAUGCUACAGCAGUAGCAGACAUUGCUAUGUACCGGGCGAUGUCAGUAUUCUUUUCCUGUCGAUAAAUAGCAGUUGUCUACACUACUCAUCUAAGCAAACUACAAUCUUUGUGAAACUAUACGUUAAUAGAAGAAUACACUGCUAAUUCCUAUUAUCGAUUCCAUAUCAAUUUCAAGAAAAUUACAGAUGUCCAAUAUUUUCCACAGUACUAUCCUGGUGUAUAUAAAGAGUAUGGAAAGUGUGAUGAAAGCGUAACCGAAGUGUGUAUAAAGCGUAGAUUGGGACAUCGAAGCGUUAAACACUUGUAUGACGCUUGUACGUCGCUUCAAGAAGCUGCAAGAAGUUUUCUAUUUUUGCCAGGGUAUUUUUGACAGCAUUUACCUUAAUAUUAUUUCUUGAAUUCUGAUUACAAUUCGUCAAUAAUUUUUAUUAACGUGAAAUUACAAGAAAUUCAACAUCUCGCGCGUUCUUAUUGAAGAAUUAUUAACAGCGACAGUAAUGAGAUCAAUCAUGGAAAAAAUAUGUGAUAUUUUGUAAUAGAGAUAUUAUUGCUUAUUUUGAAAAUUUUAUAUUACAUCUGCGAGAAUAUAUACAGAGUAAUCAUUCCAAGAAAGAAGAAAAGCGUAACUGGUGAAAUCGUUUUGAUAACAGGUGCAGAUAGCACAGAUAGCAGGUCAUGGUAUCGGAAAAGAAUUAGCGAUUGGUUAUGCUUUGCUAGGAGCAACAGUGGUAUGUUGGGAUAUCAAUAAAGAAGCCAACAAUGAGACGAUGAGUGAUAUUAAGAAGAUGGGAAUAGACUCUGUUUAUGCGUAUCGAUGCGAUGUAGCAGACAGAGAAGAAGUUUUUAGAAUAGCUGAGAAAGUAAAAAAAGAAGUGGGCGACGUUAUUAUAUUGGUCAAUAAUGCCGGUAUAGGGUUUAGUAAAUCAUUUCUAAAUCAUAAUCUCGAUGAAAUUACCCGACUCACGAACAUCAAUUUGUUAGCACAUUAUUGGACGUUGAAAGCAUUUUUACCAAGUAUGAUUGAAAAGAAUUACGGUCACAUUGUGGCACUCUCAUCAAUAGCAGGACUCGUUGGUGCUCCUUAUGGAACGGUUUACUGUCUUUCAAAAUUUGCAAUCAAAGGAUUAAUGGAAGCUAUUUCUGUGGAAUUACGUACACUGAGUAACGGAAAAUCCUCUAUUAAGUUCACUACAAUUUAUCCUGCUCUAGUGCUUACUGGAAUUGUUAAAAAACCAAAACUUAGGUUUCCAUGGUUUGGACGUUAUAAACCACGGAAAGCAGCUUCGUUAAUAAUUGAUGCGCAAAGACGAAAUUACGAAAAUAAAAGUCUACCUUGGUUUUGGUUACCAAUAACGAAGAUAGGAAGAUUAUUACCCGAAAAAGCAAUGAAGUGCAUACUGGAUUUCAUAGAUUCCGGGGUUUAUCCAGAAGAUUAAAAAAUAGAGAAAGAUCGAUAUCGACAUACCACGUUUUUUUAAGACUUCUCAAACAAACAAUAAAAAUAACUUUAGAAAAUAUAAGCUAUAGAAUAUAAAAUGUAAAAGUGCCUUCUAUUAACUGAUAUAAUCGUUCCAGAUUUUACCAUAAUUACAUUUUCAUAAGAUAACGAAAAAUAAACGUCUGAUAAAGUAAGCUCUAAAAUCAAUAAUAAUGUUACAGUUUUCUUUUCUUUCCCUUUAAAAUGAGUCAUCCAUAAAAAUAUUUACAAGUUAAUGUAUAUGAGAAUUUUUAAAAACCUUUCAUUUCGAAGACAUUUUUUGUCGAUUUAUAGAAAUACAUUAUGCUAUUUUGCAAAGCGCAGUAUGUAAAGCAACAAUAAGAUUUAGGUUUAAAUUAUUAACUUAACAGAUAAUUAUAGAUAGAUGUAUCUUUUAUUCUUUUCUUUAUAGUUUUUAUCUUAUAAUCUAUUUUAUCGAUGUGACAAUUUUUACUACACCGUGACUUUAUGUUUAAAUCUGUAUUAUGAGAAAAAUAAGAAAGAGAAAAAGAAAACAGUUUCAGAAUGCUACAAAUAUUUAAGUAUAUAUAUUCAAUUAAACAUGAUAAAACAAUAAUAAAUAUUAUUUUAUUAAUAUCAUCUUUACUUAUAUCACAAAAUGAUGUAUAAAUAAAAAUAAGUAUACAAAUGUUUAUUUUAUAAAAAAUAUAUUUUGUUAUAUAAGAUAUUACAUGAAAACAUGCAAAAUGUAUAAACUACAUUAUAAUAUACAUUUCAUGUUAUUCCUAAUCCCGUAAUAAGAUAUGUAAAAAAGAUAUGUAAAAAAGAUAUAUAAAAACAUAUUCUGUCAA